GAAAGCAAGCAAGCUUUCUUUGCCUUGAAUUGCUCCGAUUUCAUUCCAAUCAUAAAAUAUGGUCAAGUUCAUUUUUGUGGGUUGGGCCAUCUGUCCCAGUCCUUUAUAGAAGAGGACUGAGGGACAUCCAAGCCUUAUUUGUACCAAGAGGGAAGAAUGCCUUCUCCUGGAACGACUUCUCUCUCCUGAUACUGCAUUUCUGCCUUCCAAGACUCCAGUCAAGUACUCCUCACUCCGUGGAGCCCCCUCUGCUUCUCCUGGCUCCAGGAACCUGAGAAGGAAGACAGUCUCAACAAUGAAUAGGCCACCCGUCGUGACCAACUACAGAUGACUUGCCAUUUCAUUUACAAAGAUGUCGUCUGCUGCUGAAAAUGGAGAUGCAGCACCUGGGAAACAAAAUGAAGAAAAAACCUAUAAAAAGACGGCAUCAUCUGCCAUUAAAGGUGCUAUUCAGCUGGGAAUAGGAUACACCGUGGGCAAUCUCACCUCCAAGCCAGAUCGAGAUGUUCUCAUGCAAGAUUUUUAUGUGGUGGAAAGUGUGUUCCUACCUAGCGAAGGGAGCAAUCUGACCCCAGCACAUCACUACCCAGACUUCAGAUUUAAGACAUAUGCUCCACUAGCAUUUCGAUAUUUCAGAGAACUUUUUGGUAUCAAGCCUGAUGAUUACUUGUAUUCCAUAUGCAGUGAGCCUCUCAUAGAGCUGUCCAACCCCGGAGCCAGUGGAUCCUUGUUUUUUGUGACCAGUGAUGAUGAAUUUAUCAUCAAAACAGUUCAGCAUAAAGAAGCUGAGUUCCUUCAGAAACUACUGCCAGGCUAUUACAUGAAUUUAAACCAGAAUCCACGGACUCUUUUGCCAAAAUUUUAUGGCCUGUAUUGCAUGCAAUCAGGGGGCAUCAACAUCAGGAUUGUGGUGAUGAACAACGUCUUGCCACGUUUCAUGAGAAUGCACUUUACUUAUGACUUGAAAGGCUCAACUUACAAGCGAAGAGCAUCCCGAAAAGAGAGAGAGAAAUCCAACCCCACGUUUAAGGAUUUAGAUUUCCUGCAAGACAUGCACGAAGGGCUGUAUUUUGAUACUGAAACAUACAAUGCACUCAUGAAAACACUUCAGAGAGACUGCCGGGUCCUGGAAAGCUUCAAGAUCAUGGACUAUAGCCUUUUGCUGGGAAUCCACAUCUUGGACCAUUCCCUUAAAGACAAAGAAGAGGAAACCUCACAAAAUGUGCCUGAUGCUAAGCGGCCUGGGAUGCAGAAGGUCCUCUACUCAACAGCAAUGGAAUCUAUCCAGGGUCCAGGGAAAUCUGGAGAUGGGAUCAUCACAGAGAACCCGGAAACAAUGGGAGGUAUUCCAGCUAAAAGCCAUAAGGGAGAAAAACUACUUUUAUUUAUGGGCAUUAUUGACAUUCUGCAAUCAUAUAGAUUAAUGAAGAAGUUAGAACAUUCCUGGAAAGCACUGGUUUAUGAUGGGGACACUGUUUCGGUUCAUAGACCAAGCUUCUAUGCAGACAGAUUUCUAAAGUUUAUGAAUUCCAGAGUUUUCAAGAAAAUUCAAGCUUUGAAGGCCUCGCCUUCAAAGAAGCGUUGCAAUUCCAUCGCCGCCCUGAAGGCCACUUCACAGGAGAUCGUGUCCUCCAUCAGCCAGGAAUGGAAGGAGGAGAAGCACGAUUUGCUGACCGAAGGGCAGAGUUUUAGCAGCCUUGAUGAAGAAGCACUGGGAUCCCGACACAGGCCGGACCUGGUGCCUAGCACUGCAUCACUCUUUGAAGCUGCUUCCUUGGCAACCACAAUUUCAUCUUCUUCCUUAUAUGUUAAUGAACAUUAUCCACACGACAGGACUACGCUUUAUUCAAACAGUAAAGGGUUACCUUCCAGUUCAACAUUAACCUUGGAAGAAGGGACCAUCUACUUGACUUCUGAGCCCAAUGCUCUGGAAAUGCAGGACGAUAAUGCCUCCGUGCUUGAUGUCUAUUUAUAAGCGACAGUGGAGACCACCUAAGCCAGUGGAUGAGACAUGAACACAGUCGUGGGAGAGAAGUUUCUCCACUCCAGAAUCACUCAAAGGAACUUGGCUGAGCCCCACGAUACACAGAGUAAUGAUCAACUGGAUUUAGGAGUUCGAGACGUCAGGGGAACCUUGGACCAUAGGCUGACCAGCAGAUGUGAUGUGAAAAAUACCACACUACUCUGUCCUUUGCUGUUGCUUGCUGAACUGUGGAGAACUGCAUGAACUAUAUUUAAGCUGCUUCCUAUACCAUUGCCGAUCACCUUUUUGGACUUGGAAGUGCUAUUUUCCUAUUGACACUUGCAUUAUGUCAUUUUGCAUGCAUCCAGUCA